UUUUUUUUUUUUUUUGGCUAUUUUGUAGAGGAACCAUUACAUCGAGUAUUUCAUCAUAGCUAUAGUUAUUUUUUUUUGUUACGAAACAAUCACCAGUGGACAAAUUCUUGUGAUUGAAGAAUUUUAUUAUUGUGAACAAUUAUCGAUUUAAAAGUGUGUGAACGGAUUUUCAAUUAUCGUCAUCUGAAUUCUUUUGGACAGCAAAUAAAAAAAACAAUGAGCCCAACAAGUAAAAAACAGCCAUUAAAACUUUCUGUCAAAAAUGAAAUGAUGGAUCAAACAUCAUCCGAUAGUAGCAGUAUGGAACAAUCGGAUAUAAUUGGAAGAAAUAAAUCCACAUCCAGCUCGAAACAAUUUGGCCGUGUUAAUCGAAGAACAUUGGAUAAAAAUUCGGAUGAAUAUAAAAAAAGGCGCGAACGAAAUAAUUUGGCCGUUAAAAAAUCUCGAAAUAAAUCCAAACAAAAAACACAGCAAACACAAGAACGUGUAAACGAAUUGAAGGAAGAAAAUCAACGUCUAGAGACAAAAGUGAAAAUCCUAUCAAAAGAAUUAAAUUUUCUAAGGGACUUGUUUUUGGCACAUGCAUCCUCACAUAGUGGUGGACAAUCGAUCGAUGAUGAAAAAUCACGAUUGAUGGACGAUCGAAACACUGAUAAUGGGCAAAUCAAUCAAUCGCAUGUGAUCUCUUCAUCAUUCUCGAAUAAAUUAUCCUCAACAACAUCCGAAAUCGAGAAACAUUAAUGUCACAAUUAUGGUGUUGACAACGAUGAUAAUCGAAAAAUUCAAUUUUCAAUUGUUUGAUUGCAUUAAAAAAAAAUGAUAAUGACAAAUAAUUUAGAAAAUUCCAAAAAUUCUAUCAUAGUAAAAUACACGAGUUUUUCAUUUAUCAUGUA